CUUCACGGGUUUUCUAACCCUGCCCCAAUCUCCAGGGAGAAAGAUCUCGACGAGGUCCUGCAGACGGACACGGUGUUUGUCAACGUUUCCAAAGGUCAGGUGGCAAAGAAGGAAGAUCUCGUUCAAGCGUUUGGGACGGACGACCAAACAGAAAUCUGUAAGAUGAUUUUAUCAAAAGGGGAGCUGCAGGUGUCGGACAAAGAACGACACACACAGUUGGAGCAGAUGUUUAGAGACAUCGCAACUAUUGUGGCUGACAAAUGUGUGAAUCCUGAAACAAAGAGGCCAUACACCGUAAUCCUUAUAGAAAGAGCCAUGAAGGAUAUUCACUACUCCGUCAAACCACACAAGAGCACGAAGCAGCAGGCACUGGAAGUGAUCAGGCAGUUAAAGGAGACCAUGAAAAUUGAACGUGCUCACAUGAGGCUGCGAUUUAUUCUUCCGGCAAAGGAGGGGAAGAAACUGAAAGAGAAGCUCAAGCCACUGAUUAAAGUUAUUGAGAAUGAAGAUUUCCAUGAACAGUUGGAAAUUGUGUGCCUUAUUGACCCAGGCUGCUUCAGAGAGAUUGACGAGCUGAUCCGGAGUGAGACAAAAGGGAAAGGAACGCUGGAAGUGCUCAGCCUGAAAGAUGUGGAGGAAGGAGAUGAAAAGCUUGAAUAAAAAAAACCUUCCUGGAGCAGUUCUGCUUUAACGACAUCCUACGAAAUGGCUGGCGUUAGCCACUCUCUUCUGUUCGGCCUUCAUGGUUUUUCCAAUCUCUUGCUGCCAAAUACUUUCUGACACUAAUCCUUUGGGAUUUUUCCAUGCAGUGUGGUUUGGUUUUUUUAUCAUUUUACACUUGCUUGGUUUACAAAUGGGUUUGCCUGUAGGAGCAUUUUGUGUCAGAGUUGCACUAAUGAGGACUGAGUUAAGACUUGAUACGGAGGUUACUCUAGCUUUGGUUUACUUUAAGAGUUGCUGUUGAAGAGUGUUUGAUACGGUGCCAAUCGUCUGUAAGUUGUCAGCGCUGAGUGGAAGAUUGCAUAGGUCACUGAGAGGGUAUUUGAGGAGAGGAACCUUAAGAAAAGGGAGCUGCAUUUUCACUUCUAAACAGGUGCAAAGCGUGGAUCGUGUCUGAACCGAUCUCCUGGCGGCAUGAAAACUGACUUAGACUUCUGUAAUUGGCUGCUUGAUAAUUAGAGUACUUUAAAGGACCAUUCCUAAAGAUUUCCUUCACUGGAUAUAACAGUACGUGCUGACUUAGAAAAAAUGUUCUCCAAAUAACUUAUUCGUAGAAUAUAUUUAGCUACACUAAUAAAAAUGAAUUAUCGUCUAUUUAUAUAUUACAGAUACAGAACGAAAUAAAAAUAAUUAUUUUUGGUAACAGUAUAGGAGGUAGCUCUGGCCGUGGCGAUGCUUUUUGUAGGCGGAAGGGGCAGCCUGCGUUUCUGAGCUGUUCUCGUUCACGUGAGAGGAUGAAUCUCGAACAGGCGGUGGUGGCCUCUGGCCACUGAGCUAGAGAGGCUUUUGUUGGGCCCUAAUUCCUAGCGGUAACUGUGUGUGUGUGCCCCUUUUCUUUUUAGCGCGAUAGAGAACAAUUCUGGCAGCUGUCCUUUAUCCUCUGUCUUUUUGUGCUGCUGUCUAAUACAUGCACAGAAUUUCCAGCCAGCUCCUGAGGCACGGCAUGUAGUUCUUGGUGAUUCUGUUAAAUCUUGUUUCAGCUGUGUCAAACAAAUGCUUUUGAGUUGAACUUGCGUAUUUCAAAGAAGAGGGGAAGAGAGGACAACAACUGGAGAAGGAGAUGCUAAAAAUACAAACCACCGGGCAAAGCAUAUAUCCUUGGGUGACUAAAAGCUAAACCAGUAAGGAGCCUGUAGUGCUGCGUACCUGUUCCCGUGCUGAUAGUACGCAGAAAGCCAGGAGCUGCAGGCUCGCCAACGACUAGAUCUCUCUGCCAGAUGAGCACGUGUUGUGUUUGUUGUUUGCUGUUUACUUUUGGAGCGCAUGACUCAUGACCUUUUCCUUUGUACCAUUAGCACGUUGUGAAUUUUCUAGAAUUUUAAGCAGGGAGAGUUGAAGUCAACUGGAGGAGGAGCGGUUUGCCGUGCCGGGCGCGGAGGGCCUGCGGGACUAGAUCCUUAGUCAAAGGCUUCCUCUUGGAAGCUGAUUUCUGCAGCAGUCUGUUGGUAGGAGCUUGUGCAAGGUUGGGUUAAAUUUCUUCAGUAAUAUCUUGGAAGGACUUGCCCCUGUAGAGUCUGGGUUUUGCUGAGGGACAGCGAAAUGGAGAUUCUUGAACCAUUUUACCCAUUUUAAAACGCUUUCUCUUGCCCCCAAGGUAAUCUUCCAUGGUGUUUAAAUGCUGCCUAGGAAAGUUUAGUGGCAUAAUGACUGCCUUUGCCGUGUGGACACAGCCUCGGUGUGGAGAUCUCUACACGCAUGGACAGGCUGGCAAGAUUCCUCGUGUGUACAAACCCUUAACUGCUUGUUUUUCAAAUGGCCAUCCCUUCACGGGUACUUGGUGAAGCACCGAAGAUGGUAACGUUGAUAUUUAGCUUGUCACUGGCAAUUAGCGCUAACAUGCAAUUCAUAAAUCUGCAAGUGAGACACUGAGUGAGAGCCUCAGAUGGCAUUGUAUCGGUAGCAUUUGCUUUCACAAUCCUGUAAUUUCUUUAUUUUCUAUGUUCAACGCCUAGAGCACAACAGGAUGGCUGCAGGUUAAAGAUCUUGAGUUACAGAAACUUAAUCUAAGCUGAUUUACAAGCCUGGUGCUAGGAAGGCAAUUUCCUUGUAACGUUAAGGAUCUUCUCUGGUAGAGGGAGCUGGAUUUUAUUUAUCAACAAAUAAAUGUACAUGCUUGCAUUUCUUGUCAUACUUGUAGUUCAGCAAGAAUGUAUGGUAAGCAUCAAAAUAAAUAUGGUAUUGGU